AAGUGGGAGGGGGAAGGCGCGAGAGCGAGCGCGAGAGGGAAAAGGAGGGAGGGGGGUGGGGAGGAGGGAAUCUUAUAUCACGUGACAGGGGCGGCGCGGCCCGGGGUGUCAGUGUGGAGGAGACUGAGGUAAAGUUGGGAGCGCAGCGGCGUUGGCGGCAGCGGCGGCGGCAGCGGCAGCGCGGCGGGGCCGGUAUUCUACCUUGUAAAUACUGUUAUUUGUAUAUACUGUAAAUGAUGACGUCGGUGGGCACUAACCGAGCCCGGGGAAACUGGGAACAACCUCAAAACCAAAACCAGACACAGCACAAGCAGCGGCCACAGGCCACUGCAGAACAAAUUCGACUUGCACAGAUGAUUUCGGACCAUAAUGAUGCUGACUUUGAGGAGAAGGUGAAACAAUUGAUUGAUAUUACAGGCAAGAACCAGGAUGAAUGUGUGAUUGCUUUGCAUGACUGCAAUGGAGAUGUCAACAGAGCCAUCAACGUUCUGCUGGAAGGAAACCCAGAUACGCAUUCCUGGGAGAUGGUUGGGAAGAAGAAGGGAGUCUCAGGACAGAAGGAUGGUGGCCAGACGGAAUCCAACGAGGAAGGCAAAGAAAAUCGAGACCGGGACAGAGACUAUAGUCGGCGACGUGGUGGGCCACCAAGACGGGGGAGAGGUGCCAGCCGUGGACGAGAGUUUCGGGGUCAGGAAAAUGGAUUGGAUGGCACCAAGAGUGGAGGGCCUUCUGGAAGAGGCACAGAGAGGGGCAGAAGGGGCCGUGGCCGAGGCAGAGGUGGAUCUGGUAGGCGGGGAGGAAGGUUUUCUGCUCAAGGAAUGGGAACGUUUAACCCAGCUGAUUAUGCCGAGCCAGCCAAUACUGAUGAUAACUAUGGCAAUAGUAGCGGCAAUACGUGGAACAACACUGGCCACUUUGAACCAGAUGAUGGGACAAGUGCAUGGAGGACUGCAACAGAGGAGUGGGGAACUGAAGAUUGGAAUGAAGAUCUUUCCGAGACCAAGAUCUUCACUGCCUCUAAUGUGUCUUCAGUGCCUCUGCCUGCGGAGAAUGUGACAAUCACUGCUGGUCAGAGAAUUGACCUUGCUGUUCUGUUGGGGAAGACACCAUCUUCAAUGGAGAAUGAUUCAUCUAAUCUGGAUCCAUCUCAGGCUCCUUCUCUGGCCCAGCCUCUGGUGUUCAGUAACUCGAAGCAGAGUGCCAUAUCACAGCCUGCUUCAGGGAACACAUUUUCUCAUCACAGUAUGGUGAGCAUGUUAGGGAAAGGAUUUGGUGAUGUCAGUGAAGCUAAAGGCAGCAGUACUACUGGCUCCCAGUUCUUGGAGCAAUUCAAGACUGCUCAAGCCCUGGCUCAGUUGGCAGCUCAGCAUUCUCAAUCUGGAAGCACCACCACCUCUUCUUGGGACAUGGGCUCGACGACACAGUCCCCAUCACUGGUGCAGUAUGAUUUGAAGAACCCAAGUGAUUCAGCAGUGCACAGUCCCUUUACAAAGCGCCAGGCUUUCACCCCAUCUUCAACCAUGAUGGAGGUGUUCCUUCAGGAGAAGCCACCUGCAGUGGCUACCUCCACGGCUGCACCUCCACCCCCUUCUUCUCCUCUACCAAGCAAAUCCACCUCGGCUCCACAGAUGUCGCCUGGAUCUUCAGACAACCAAUCCUCCAGCCCUCAGCCGGCUCAGCAGAAACUGAAACAGCAGAAGAAGAAAGCCUCCUUGACUUCUAAGAUUCCUGCUCUGGCUGUGGAGAUGCCUGGCUCAGCAGAUAUCUCAGGGCUAAACCUGCAGUUUGGGGCAUUGCAGUUUGGGUCAGAGCCUGUCCUUUCUGAUUAUGAGUCCACCCCCACCACGAGCGCCUCUUCAAGCCAGGCUCCAAGUAGCCUAUAUACCAGCACGGCCAGUGAAUCUUCAUCUACAAUUUCUUCUAACCAGAGUCAGGAGUCUGGUUAUCAGAGUGGCCCAAUUCAGUCGACAACCUAUACCUCCCAAAACAGUGCUCAGGGCCCUCUUUAUGAACAGAGAUCCACGCAGACACGGCGGUACCCCAGCUCCAUCUCUUCAUCACCCCAAAAGGACCUGACUCAGGCAAAGAAUGGCUUCAGUUCUGUGCAGGCCACGCAGUUACAGACCACGCAAUCUGUUGAAGGUGCUACAGGCUCUGCAGUGAAAUCUGACUCACCUUCCACUUCUAGCAUCCCCCCUCUCAAUGAAACGGUAUCUGCAGCUUCCUUACUGACGACAACCAAUCAGCACUCAUCCUCCUUGGGUGGCUUGAGCCACAAUGAGGAGAUUCCAAAUACUACCACCACACAACACAGCAGCACGUUAUCUACGCAGCAGAAUACCCUUUCGUCAUCAACAUCUUCUGGGCGCACUUCGACAUCUACUCUUUUGCACACAAGUGUGGAAAGUGAGGCGAAUCUCCAUUCUUCCUCCAGCACUUUCUCUACCACAUCCAGCACAGUCUCUGCACCUCCCCCAGUGGUCAGCGUCUCCUCCAGUCUCAAUAGUGGCAGUAGCCUAGGUCUUAGCCUAGGCAGCAACUCCACCGUCACAGCCUCGACUCGAAGCUCAGUUGCUACGACUUCAGGAAAAGCUCCUCCCAACCUCCCUCCUGGGGUCCCGCCAUUGUUGCCUAAUCCGUAUAUUAUGGCUCCAGGGCUGUUACAUGCCUAUCCGCCACAAGUAUAUGGUUAUGACGACUUGCAGAUGCUUCAGACAAGAUUUCCAUUGGAUUACUACAGCAUCCCAUUUCCCACACCCACCACUCCGCUGACUGGGAGGGAUGGUAGCCUGGCCAGCAACCCUUAUUCUGGUGACCUCACAAAAUUCGGCCGCGGGGAUGCCUCCUCCCCAGCCCCGGCCACAACCUUGGCCCAACCCCAACAGAACCAGACGCAGACUCACCACACCACGCAGCAGACAUUCCUGAACCCGGCGCUGCCUCCUGGCUACAGUUACACCAGCCUGCCAUACUACACAGGGGUCCCGGGCCUCCCCAGCACCUUCCAGUAUGGGCCUGCUGUGUUCCCUGUGGCUCCUACCUCUUCCAAGCAGCAUGGUGUGAAUGUCAGUGUGAAUGCAUCGGCCACCCCUUUCCAACAGCCGAGUGGAUAUGGGUCUCAUGGAUACAACACUGGUGUAUCAGUCACCUCCAGUAACACGGGCGUGCCAGAUAUCUCGGGUUCUGUGUACUCCAAAACCCAGUCCUUUGAGAAACAAGGUUUUCAUUCCGGUACUCCUGCUGCCUCCUUCAACUUGCCUUCAGCCCUAGGAAGUGGGGGGCCCAUCAAUCCGGCCACAGCUGCUGCCUACCCACCUGCCCCCUUUAUGCACAUUCUGACCCCCCAUCAGCAGCCGCACUCCCAGAUCCUUCACCAUCACCUGCAGCAGGAUGGCCAGCUACCAUAUUUGCAGAUGAUUCUCUGUUGCCAGCGCCAGCAGGAGGAGCAGACGGGCAGCGGGCAACGUAGCCAGACCAGCUCCAUCCCGCAGAAGCCCCAGACCAACAAGUCUGCCUACAACAGCUACAGCUGGGGGGCCAACUGAGGCCCUGGACCCUCUUCUCCUGGUCCCAUCUUCUGAGAGGGCUUCUCAGCCUGGAAACUAUGGAAACAGCAUCAAAGAAAGAAAGGAAUGUGGGGGGGGUUCCGCUGCCCCCCACCCCCAGCGGCCCACCCCAUGCCUCAGCUUCAUGUCUGUCCCAUUCCCAUACCAUCCCCACCCUGUUGUAUGUAUUAUAGGAUUUGUAUUUUCUCCUUUUUUUUUCCCCUUCCUUUCCUCUUCCUCCUCCUCCUCCCCCCUUGCAUUCAAGAUUAUGAAACUUUGCUGUGGGCCUUGCCCUUCCUUCACUUUCUCCUGUUCACCCUGGUGGUGUAUGGGUGAGGUGGGGAGGGAGGACCCCCAAAUAUAUAUCAGCCCAACAGCCCUAAGUCUCCUCCUUUAUUAUUAGGAAAACAAAAGAACAACAAAAAAAUGGCAUCAUAUGAACAGCAUUGUCAGAUGAAUUAGUUGAAGUGUUCUUUUUUUUUUUGUACUGUGUCCUCAAAUUUAAUGGAUUAAUGUGUCUUGUAUAUAUAAAAAGAAAACCUCUACCUUCAGCCUCUGCCCAUUCUUGCUCCAUCUAGGAUAUCCUCAGUCUCGGCGAUGACCAGCUUGGUGAAUAAGUAUUACUGUACCAACAGGGCCUCAUCUAGCAGGCCCCCAAAGGCGGUGGAAUAAAGUGAAAUCUUCGCCCUUUAA